UUCCUUUAGUGUUAUGUCUUGAAUCUUGACUCGUUUUACUUUAGCCGCUACUUCUCGCACUCUCUCUGUCUCCUCCUCUUCCUCUCCCUCCCUUUCCCAUACACAAAUAUCUCCCUUCCAUUCGGCGGUUUAUCUAUCCUUCCAAUUCCUUUUCCCUCUUACUCAUUUCUUGCUCUACUUGUUUUUCUAGGGUUUUAGCUUUUCGAGAUCUGUCCAUGGCUUCCGUUGCACCUUCUUCUGAUCAAGCUGCAGGAUUAUUGCAGAAAUUAUCUCUGGAUUCUCAAGCUCCAUCUAAGACGAAGACGACUGAUUUGGAGCCUACUAAAAAGCCUCCUACUUCUCAAAUGGGAACAGUUAAAUCUGAUUCUAAGGAUACUUCAAAUGGUCACACUCCCGCCAACGACAGAUGUGUGACUCCAGUUUUGCCUGACUUCAUGGAUCCUUCUCUGUGCUACCUUCCCAACAGCUAUCAACACCCUGGUUACUACUUUAGCGGCUAUGAUGGGACCUGCAAUGAGUGGGAUGAUUACUCCAGAUAUAUGAACCAAGAUGGAGUAGAGAUGCCUCCGGCAGUUUUUGGGGACGGUGGCUCCGUUAUGUACCAUGGUUAUGGUUAUGCACCUUAUCCCCCCUAUUCACCAGCAACUUCACCUGUUCCAGCCAUGCCUCAUGAUACCCAAAUGUUUGGACCUCAACAGUAUCAAUAUCCCACCCCAUAUUAUCCUCCUUUAGCCAGCACGAGUGGCAUGUAUACUACUAAUACACCUGCAGUGCCUCAUACAGGGGAUGUGUCUUCUGCUCCCCCAGUCCAAACCUCUUUUCCAAUUGAUCCUUCUAGCACUAUUCCAAAUGCCAAUGGCAACGGCACCAAUGUUACUGUUCCGGUUGGGUCAUCAUAUCAAAACCCAACAUAUAGCAUGCCAACUUAUGGUAAGGGUGUUGUAACAGGUAGUGUUCCCGCCAAUGGUUAUCAAGAUCCAAGAUUUGCUUUUGAUGGAGUAAGGUCUCUAAUUCCUUGGGUUGAUGGUCCUAUUUUUUCUGAUGGUCAGCCCAGGCCUGGCACUGGCAAUUCAUUUCCUUCAUCGGUAUCACAUGCCAACGUUCCUCCAAGGACCCAGAGCAUGCGCCCUCAAGUUAGUGUCAUGAGCUUGCAUCAACCAAGGCCAAUGGCUGGCAUGGGGACGGCUCAUGGAUAUAUCAAUAGGAUGUAUCCAAACAAGUUAUACGGAAAUUAUGCUAAUGGUGCAAGAACGGGUUUUGGCUUUGGAACAGAUGGUUAUGAUGCACGUGUCAACGGUCGUGCUUGGUUUGCAGUUGAUAGCAAGUUCAAGAACAAAGGACGGGGUAAUGGUUUCUUGGGUUAUGGAAAUGAGAACAUGGAUGGUUUGAAUGAGCUCAACAGGGGACCCAGGGCGAGGGGAUGUAAGAGCACAAGGAGCUCUACUAAUGUUGCACUUGCUGUUAAAGGACAAAACAUUUUGCCUAGCGGAAACCAGGAUGGGAAUGCUACAUUGGGUCUGGUUCCUGAUAGAGAACAGUACAAUUGUUGUGAUUUCCCUGAAAAAUAUGAAUCUGCUAAAUUCUUUGUCAUAAAGUCUUACAGCGAGGAUGACGUCCAUAAGAGUAUUAAGUAUAAUGUGUGGUCCAGCACUCCAAAUGGAAACAAGAAGCUUGACUUAUCAUUCAAAGAGGCCCAGCAGAAGUCUGGUGGCUGUCCUGUCUUUCUGUUUUUCUCAGUGAAUACAAGUGGGCAGUUUGUGGGCCUUGCGGAGAUGGUGGGUCCUGUUGAUUUUCAUAAGAAUGUUGAGCAUUGGCAACAAGACAAGUGGUAUGGUAGUUUUCCAGUGAAGUGGCACAUUGUGAAGGAUGUGCCUAACAGCUUAUUGAAACACAUUAUCCUUGAAAACAAUGAGAACAAACCAGUGACAAAUAGUCGAGACACUCAAGAGGUCAAGUUGGAGCAGGGUCUUCAAAUUCUCAGAAUAUUUAAGGAACACAGCAGCAGAACCUGCAUUUUGGAUGACUUUGCUUUCUAUGAGGUGAGGCAAAAGACUAUCCAAGAGAAGAAGGCUAAGCAGCAGCAGUUCCAUAAACAGAUAUGGGAAGGAAAGAAUACAGAGGGGGAGAAGAGUAAAGAAGGAAAGAACGGAGAACAGCAAUCACACAAGUCAGUAGAAGCUUCCUUCGAUUUGAGCAAGGCGUCUCUGUCUGUUCACUCCAAUGGUGCGGCUAAAAGUGUAGGUGUGUCAGAAAAUGGAGCAGUGAAUGGAGUUGCAAAAGGUUUCUAGCUUCUGCGCUGCAAUUUUUGAGUGCGGCUUUCUGCUGCUGCAGCUUGCUCGGCAAGAUAACUAGUUUAUAAAGCUCAUUUUCUAAUGAGCUUCCUUCAACCAAAGGAGAUACUAAUAAAGAUGGGUUAUGGGGGCAGCUAAAUAUCAAAAGCAGCAAGAUCAGAGAACCUUCAGAUGAUUCCCUUGAUUAAUGAUGCUGGUGGUGGUUAAGAUGAUUUUCUACUAUUUAAGAGUUGAAGGUCUCUCGUUACAUAGCCUUUGUAUCCCCGCUCCGGUUUCUUUCUUGCUCUAUACUAGUUUUUUUUCUUUUUCUUUUUGAUCUAUUUUUUCUUUCAUUUAGUGACAAUUGUAUGCUCAUUUUCUUUCAUGUUAUUGUUCGUUAUUGUAUGGAUCGUCAUAUGUUACAAGGAUCAAAAGAAGAGAAGGAAGCCAUGAAAUCAUAUUUGAGUUUUC